CGCAACAGGUCCCCCAGUUUCUACGACCUUCUGGUGGAGGUCCGCUGCAAACCUGUGUAGCCUCCUCCCCCUCUAGUGGGGGAAGGGGGAGGAGGAAGGGAGGGGGCGCGGAUUCAGACCAAUCUGCCGUUCUACGUUUAGGGCAAACCUCCCAAAGUAGAAAAGCCCCUUUCCCUCUCCCCAUCGGGAGGCUGAGCUCGGUUCCAUACACCCAGCACCGGCUGGUACGCAGUCUGAGGUGGGGGGCGGCGGCGUGCUGGGAGCGUAGAGGGGAGGGGUCUCCGGAACCCUGCCUGGUGGUCCCCAGAAACUGGAGGCCGGGUUCUGUGACUCAUAAAUCAUUCAUGAGCCGGAGCUUCAUGGGUUGCCGAGCACCGAGCGGGUAAGGGAGGCUGGUUUGUAUGAGAGCUGAGAGACUCUACGCUCCCCGGGAAGAGGAAAGAGGUUGCAGCAGCCACAGCAGCAGCAGCUGUUGCUGGGGGGCACCGGGAGCCCACGACGUUGCCUAGUCCCUGGCCGCAGCUGCAGCCCUCCAACUAGGUGUUUAGGAGAGUAGGAGGGAGAAAGGAGAAGCAGCUGCAAGCAGCUGCUGGGCGGCCUGGUGCCCCGACUCACUCCUGGACAAGAUCUCCUCCAUCAAUUCAGAACAGAUGCCCUCUUAAUCCGGGGAGGAGGAGCAGCAGCAGCAGCAGAGGCUGCCGAGGGCUGAUGAGCACACCUGACCCUGCCACUGGCCAGCUUCACAGAAACCCAUCACUCCACCUGCCAGGAAGAUUUCCAAGCUUCAGAAAAAAGAAACAAACCCCCCAAACCCUCUCCCAUGUUAUCAGAAUCUUGCUAAACCAUGGCUUGGGUCCUCUGCUUCCUGCUGUUGCUGGGACUGAGUGGAGGUCCUGUCUCAGAGGGCCACUCUGUGCACAAGACAACUGUUGACACUUUGGAUCUGGGCUCUUUACCUGCCAUAAACUAUGAAACUAACGUACAUUCCGAGCCUGGACCAAUAGAGAUUUUGUUUCGCAUCGUCAAGGCCUUCCUUUUUGUGGUGCAGCCCCAUCCUUAUCCUGAAGACCUCAUCAGAAAGGUUAUACGACUACAGUUUGAGGACACAAAGAGUGAUUCUCAGCAGCCAGAACAUAUAGUCUUGGCACUAAAGGCUGCCUACUAUGAAAUCGGCUUUAUUAUUCUGGCUGGCCUGGGAUUGCUAUUUAUCUUCCUUCUCCCUCUUGUGGGGCUGUGCUUCUGCAUGUGCCGUUGCUGCAACAACUGUGGAGGAGAGAUGCAUCAGAGGCAGAAGAAAAAUGGUGAAUGUCGCAGGGGCUGCUUUGCUGCAUCACUCUUAGUGGUUUCCUUGAUAAUGAGUCUUGGUGUUCUGUGUGCUUUUGUUGCAAACCAGCACCUCACGACUCAAGUUCGAGGAGCCCGGAGGCUAUUAAACAGUAAUUUUAAAGACAUGAGAGCUCUGCUGACUGAUACGCCAAGGCAAAUUGAUUAUCUAUUGAACCAAUAUGAUGCGCCAAAGAAUAAAGCACUAUUAGAUCUCAAUAAUAUUGGACCAUUGCUGGGCGGCCGAGUUCGAAAUCAAUUAGGAAAACGUGUCCUUCCAGCGCUUGAUGCAGUUCUAACUAUGGCAGGAGCAAUCCGAGAAACCCGAGAGGCAUUAGAAAAUGUAAGUGCUUCGUUGGAGAUCCUGCAGGAGGGUACCACAAGUCUCAGUGCUAACCUGACAGAUGCCAAAGAGAAUCUGAGAAAUACCCUCAGUGAUGCUUCCUGCUCAAUGGCUCAGGCCACCUCUACCUGCAAUGCUAUUAGAAAUUCCUUAAACCAGCUGAGUAUCAACGCCAACUUCAGUCGGCUUCUACCAGUGACCUCACAGCUUGCCAAAGUCAAUGAAGUUCUUAAAAUUGAUUUAACCAGUCUGGUCCAACAGGGCUAUGCAGCAUUUAAUGAUACGCCUGAUUUGGUGCAGAAUCAAACCAAGAAUAUUCUGUCAGAUGUCAAAAGUGUUUUGGAUUCCAUUGGUACAAAUAUCACCAUUUUAAUAAAGAAGCUUCCUAUUCAGAAGAUACUAACAGAUUCCGUAAUUUAUCUUACUCAGACUGAGACGUACGUUGAAGAGUAUUUCCCAUUAGUUGAACAAUAUGAUUUCUAUAGGUGGCUGGGUUGUUUAAUCAUCUGCUGUUUGCUGGUCUUGAUUCUGGUCUUUUACUACCUGGGAUUAUUAUGUGGUGCCUGUGGUUAUAGCAAGCACACGACUCCUACCAACCGUGGUUGUGUAUCAAACACUGGAGGCAACUUCCUAAUGGCUGGAGUUGGUUUCAGUUUCCUGUUUUCUUGGGCAUUGAUGAUCGUAGUGGUUUUCACAUUUGUUUUGGGCGGAAAUGUAGAAAAAUUGGUCUGUGAACCCUUUAAAGAAAGGACUAUUUUUCAGGUUUUGGAUACUCCUUAUUUAUUCAAUGACCAAUGGAGUAGCUUUCUUUCGGGUCGCCUGUUUCAAAAGCCUGAUGUGAAUCUCACCUUUGAACAAGUUUAUAGUGACUGCAAGGAAAAUAAAGGCAUUUAUACCUCUCUGCAACUUGAUAAAUUCUACAAUAUCAGCAAUUUUCUGACCAUUAGUCAGUAUACCGAAGAUCUAACGAUUAAAUUUGAAAGUAUUAAAAUAAACCUUAGCAGCAUUGUUUUACUGGAUGAAGUAGGAAAAGAGAACCUCAUGAAUUUCAGUUACUCAGGAAUAGACGGAAUCGAUUUUGCAGCUUAUUUGGCUGAGGUCAAUAAAAGUAUAACAAAAGUGGAUCUUUUAUCAUUUGCCAAUGACUUAGAAGCAAGAGCAGAACAGUUGCCCAAAGGAGCUUUGGAAAAUGCCCUGAAAGGGCAUGCGAGUAACAUUCGAAUGAUCCAUCAUCAACAUGUGAUCCCUAUGGAGCAAGAAAUGAAAUAUGUUAAAGCCAGGAGCACUUUAAAUCAGAGCAUCAGGUUAUUACAAAAGACAGCAACUGAACUUAUGGUUAAAGUAAAUCAGGUCAUUUCCAUCGUGAAUGCUGCUCAGUUCCUCAUUAACAAUAAUGCUUCCUCUGUUAUUAUUGAGGAAACUAAGAAGUACAUGAAUGUGAUCAUAGGCUACUUUGAACGGUAUAUUCAAUGGGUCAAAGAUUCGGUCACCAUGGAUGUGGCAACCUGCAAACCCCUUGCCAACAUUGUAGAUACUGCUGUGGAGGUGUUUCUAUGUAGCUACAUAACUAACUCUGUGAACACAUUCUGGUUUGGCUUAGGAGCUGCCACAGUAUUUUUGAUUCCUGCUAUAAUUUUUGCUGUAAAGCUAUCCAAAUUUUAUCGUCGAAUGGAUUCAGAAGAUGUGUAUGAUGAUGUUGAAACUAUACCCAUGAAAAAUAUGGAAAAUGGUAAUUAUGGUUAUCAUAAAGAUCAUUUAUAUGGUCUUCACAAUCCUGUUAUGACAAGUGCCACGGGACGGUGGUAGAAGAGAUUGAAAUUGGAUGAGCCUCAAGAUAUUUACAUGGAAGAAAAUAUAGAAUUCUACCUAUAUUGGGGAUCUACAAGCACCUUUCAAAGCCAGUAUGGUUUUUGAUGGCUUCCUAGUCACAGAGUUUUAAAUCAACAGACCAUAUGACAUGACUUGGAAUGCUCUGAUAUGAGCUAACACAUGGUGCAUUUCACGACUAGAGCUCUAUCACUGGUACAUUCACUGGUUGACCACUGUUCAAGGCUAAUGCCACUGGAUUUUAAAUUUGGGGGGGCGGUGUUUAGUUUUUGGUUUUUACUUUUUUACACUGGGUUUCUAUCUCAAAAUCACCCAUUCCUUUUUAUUGGCUCUGUUUAAUGAUUUUUCAUGGAACAACUGCUCAUGUGUGAUUGUUUCAUUUUAUUACAUGGAAAAUGCAUUAAACUGACAAUGUUUACAUUUAAAAUACAUUUUAUAUGCAGCAAUUUUGUAUAUAUAUUCUUUUUAUUACUACGGUCUUAUGAGUGUUUAAAAAAACCUUAGUAUUGCGUGAUUUACUUUUAAAACGAGUAUACCAGCAUGAUUGGUGUUGACUGUCGGUAUUGUUGAAAAAUCCGUUUUUCACUAAAAGUGUGUGUGUGAAUUCUACAGUAUGUCCUUUGGGGCCCACCUACCACCUACAGGGUAUUUCUUCUACUCUUUUAAUGAUCCAUUAAGAUCAUUUUGAAAAGAAUACACAGAAGAUAAGUCUGAGAAUCAGACCAGUUUCAUAGUGAUUUUAAAAAAUUAAAGCUAUAUAGGGUGCUUAGUUUCUUCAGGUCAUUGGAAACUGGAAUGUUUUUAUAGGUAUCCCCUCGAGGAGAUUUUAAAUCAGUUUCUCUGAUCUGUGAAGCUGGGUGAAAAAAAAAUUGAAGCUGUAUCUCUUAGAAGUGACACCUGGAAUGGAAUUGAGAGAUUCAAGAUUAUUUGACCACAAAAAUAAUUUGUAUGGUUUUUAAAUGACUCAGCUAUUAAAAUGAGACCACCUGGAAAAUGCUCACAAUUUUCAGAUAGACAUGAUGCCAGAAGAGUACUAUUAUCUUCCAGAUCCCCUGUUUUUCUGUUUCUAUGAUAAAUAAUUCUUUGGGAAGAGAUCCAAAAAAUAUGUGAACAUGCAUAAUGAUUGUUUGCUCUGAAUUUUUUCUGUUAGAUUACUUACCCAUUGGGUCAGAAAAGACAUUUCAGAUAGGCAAAAUGUAGCACAUGUAUAAAAUUAUACAGAAUGUCAGAGUUUUUUUAAGAGUUAUAUUUUUCAUUUGAAAAAAUGAUGUCCCCAACUCAUUCCAAUAAAAAUAAUAUGGCCUAAUUGA